AUGUUGAAGAACUCCCUCCUCACCUUCCUCGGCCUCCUCGCCGGGACCACCCUAGGUCUCCCCACCAACCCCAACCCCAACCCCCAAGACCUCUCCCCCCGACAAGCCUCCCCCCUCUCCACCCUCACCACCACCCUCGCCUGCGCAACCAAGGCCCAGAAAACCCCCGGCGACGCCGACUCCGGGCGCGGCGUGCAGAUAAAGAACGCCGACACCGCGGCCCGCACAUUCUGGCUGUACCACAACAGCUGCGACGCCGUGCCGGCGCGGUACGUCACGAUCCCGGCCGGGCAGACGCGGUUCCUGUCGCUCCCGGCGCGGUUCGAGGGCCGGAUCGUGCGCGGGGUCGAGGGGGUGAUGCUGGACGGGAAAUCGCACACGCUGAACACGUGGCUGGAGCUGACGUACGACGAGCGGGGCGUGGGGUGGGGCGACGUGUCGCUGAUCCGGGGGUGCGACGGCGCCGUGAGCCUCAAGGCGCUGGAUGCGGCUGGCGCGACGACGGGGUUCGCGGAUUCGAACCUCGUGCUGAAUGGCGCGCCGGCGGGCGCGUACGACACGAAGCCCUCCGGCUCCAGGGUGAUCAGGGCGACGGAGGGGGUGGAUGCGAAGAUCAACACGGUCCCGAGGGACUGGCUCGCGAGUAAGAUCGGCUUCAAGAAGGCGUAUCUGGAUGAUGACCAUGGGAGCCCGGUUAUUGCGGCGCAGAAUGGGAGGUUUUUGGCCACGUUCCAUGUGGGGAGGCCGUAGGUGGCUUGGGGCAAGGUGAAAGAUACCCCCUGGUUAGAUUAUAUGGCUUGGAGGAGAUGCGUUCGGCGGGCUUUAGAGCGCAUGCUGUAUAUUAUGAAGAUGGGCAGUAUGUCGGAGGAUGACGGUUGCUUUUUCUUACCCGCCUACCAUUCGAGGUUGUAUAUAUGUACAAAUGAAUCCCAGAUAUCCAUGUGUACCUAGGUAGGUAUACCGUUGUUAAACUAUGUAUAUAUGUUUCCCCCCUUUUUUGUUGAUAUCAUUGUAUAUAGGUAGAUAAUGGCUGUUAUUGGUUAGCAAGAGUAAUCAGGUUAUACAAAGUAUGCACAUUA